GGCAGCGGCGGCCUCGGAGGAGGAGGAGGCGGCGGCUCCUUCAUUCGGGCCCCUUCAGCCGCCGCGCCGAGGAAGGGCCGGCCAGCGCCGCCUGAGGGACGCACUCAGAGCGCUUAAUGAAAGAAGAGAGCCUGUCAACAUGGGGUCUGUUUGGGAGUGCGGUUAGACAGCCUGGCAAUAUGAAACAAAAGGCCAAGAUGAAGUACCUUAUUAGUGCUUUGGGAAUGAAAGCCUUCUGUGGGACUCAGCUAAGUUGCAUCAAUGCAAACAAACAACCUUUCUCUGAAGGAUCUUAAAAUGAAGACCUGAAAUGCGGACGAAGCAAAGAGUAUUUUGGUCUCUGAAGAACCUGGCAGUGGUGCACAGGUACCCAGCAAAGUCUACUAAAUAAUCUGGAGAAUCUCAUGAUUGCUGCAGAAAGAUGGCUGCAACCCGGGUGUUCCAUUGUCUGUGGCUUUUGGCUGUUCUGAUAGGAUGCGCAGGUGGCCACAGCCAGUUCUCAUGUGAGCCCAUCAUCUUGAGGAUGUGCCAGGAUCUUCCUUACAACACCACUUUUAUGCCCAACCUUUUGAACCAUUAUGAUCAGCAAACAGCAGCUCUAGCAAUGGAGCCAUUCCACCCAAUGGUGAACCUUGAAUGUUCCCGGGACUUUCGACCAUUCCUGUGUGCUCUCUAUGCUCCUGUUUGCAUGGAGUAUGGCAGAGUCUCCCUCCCAUGUCGCAGAAUUUGCCAGCGAGCGUACAGUGAGUGUUCAAAACUCAUGGAGAUGUUUGGUGUGUCUUGGUCAGAGGAUAUGGAGUGCAGCAGGUUCCCAGAUUGUGACGAGCCUUACCCUCGCCUUGUCGAUCUCAAUGUAGUUGGGGAAGCGACGGAAGAAGCGCCGGUGGCAGUGCAAAGAGAUUACGGCUUCUGGUGCCCCCGAGAGUUGAAAAUCGACCCAGAUCUGGGCUACACAUUCCUGCGGGUACGGGACUGCUCCCCUCCUUGCCCGAACAUGUAUUUCAGGCGCGAAGAGCUCUCUUUCGCACGAUACUUCAUUGGUGUGAUCUCCAUUGUCUGCCUUUCGGCCACCUUGUUUACUUUCUUGACUUUCUUGAUUGACGUCACGAGGUUUCGCUACCCAGAAAGGCCCAUCAUCUUUUAUGCCGUCUGUUACAUGAUGGUGUCGCUCAUUUUCUUCGUUGGCUUUCUGCUAGAGGACCGGGUGGCCUGCAAUGCCUCCAGCCCCACCACGUACAAGGCUUCCACAGUGACUCAGGGCUCCCACAACAAGGCGUGCACGAUGCUUUUCAUGGUGCUCUAUUUCUUUACCAUGGCUGGGAGCGUCUGGUGGGUGAUCCUUACCAUUACUUGGUUCCUGGCAGCUGUGCCAAAGUGGGGCAGCGAAGCCAUUGAGAAGAAAGCCCUCCUCUUCCACGCCAGUGCGUGGGGCAUCCCAGGAACCCUCACCAUCAUCCUCCUAGCGAUGAACAAAAUCGAAGGCGACAACAUCAGCGGCGUGUGCUUUGUUGGCCUCUAUGACGUGGAUGCCUUGAGGUACUUUGUCCUUGCUCCCCUCUGCCUGUAUGUGGUGGUUGGGGUUUCUCUGCUACUCGCCGGCAUCAUCUCUUUAAAUCGGGUCCGUAUUGAAAUUCCUCUAGAGAAGGAGAACCAGGACAAGCUGGUGAAAUUCAUGAUCCGGAUCGGCGUCUUCAGCAUCCUCUACCUCGUGCCACUCUUGGUUGUGAUUGGCUGCUAUUUUUAUGAGCAAGCUUACCGAGGUGUGUGGGAGACGACGUGGAUACAGGAACGGUGCAAAGAGUAUCACAUACCCUGCCCUUAUCAGGUCACGCAGAUGAGUCGUCCAGACUUGAUCCUCUUUCUGAUGAAGUAUCUGAUGGCUCUGGUGGUUGGGAUUCCAUCUGUCUUCUGGGUUGGAAGUAAAAAGACCUGCUUUGAGUGGGCCAGCUUCUUCCACGGGCGCAAGAAAAAAGAGGUUGUCAACGAGAGCCGGCAAGUGCUUCAGGAGCCUGAUUUUGCUCAGUCGCUCCUGAGAGACCCCAACACACCCAUAAUCCGCAAGUCUAGAGGCACCUCCACCCAAGGGACGUCGACCCAUGCUUCCUCUACCCAGCUGGCUAUGAUGGACGACCAGCGAAGCAAAGCAGGCAGCGUCCAUAGCAAAGUCAGUAGCUACCACGGCAGCUUGCAUAGGUCACGGGAUGGCAGGUAUACCCCCUGCAGUUUCCGCGGGAUUGAAGAUCGACUACCUCACGGUAGCAUGUCCCGACUGACGGACCACUCCAGGCACAGCAGUUCCCACCGGCUCAACGACCAGUCGCGUCACAGCAGCACCAGGGACCUCAGUGGCAAUCCAGUGACCCACAUCACGCACGGCACCAGCAUGAACCGGGUGAUCGAAGAAGACGGUACUAGUGCUUGAUCCGCGCUUCUCUUUGUUCCGUGAGCAGCGCUCAUUCAAUUUCAGUUCAACAGCACUCAGUGUUAGCCCUUUCUCUUAGGUGCUAAGCUUGCCCAGUGGAACCUAACCAGCUGCUGCCUUUCCCCCCUAGCCAGCAAUUUCUCAGAAACAUUUUCUCUCAGCAAAGGUAUGCUGCUUGAUCGUGUCUGCAAGCUAAACAGUUUCUGGUACUUGACUCCUCGAUACAAACUUUAUUUAUUAUGCUUGACAACUGGAAUUUCUUAGCGCUGUUUUUAAAUUGUCCAUAUGCUUCUCUAAGAGAGAUUUACUAUGAAGAUCCUGCGAAAGAAAGAAAAAAAACCCAGGCAGAAGACUGGCUUUUUGUUUGAAAAAAAUUCCACCCCUGCAGUCUUUUUCUUGCUGUCUCUGAUUAGAUAAUAAACUGGUUAGUUGUUCUCAUGCAGCACAGAGGGUGGGCUGCAUGGUUUUUUUAUUUAAAAAAAACUGCACAAAGGACAUCUGUAGGGGAUCAGCAGGAGAUUUUAAGCGGUUACACUGGAAAUGCAGCAGAAGGAUAAUGAGCAGAGAAGGCUCUGCAUAAGGUUGUCUGCUCUUAACUGAAAUUGCUAGUCUCUAGGAGGGAGGGAGGGUGGGUAUGAACAAUUGGUACUUAGCUUCUUGUAUGUCUGUGCUUUUGUAGAAAAUGUUCCAAUUUCCUACUUGUUUACAGUUUUUACGCAGGGAAGAAGGGAAGUGGGUGUUCGUUCCCAAACUGUAUCCGUCGCCUCCCAAGCCCAGCAUGGAUGCGAGAGGGAAAUGGAUUUUGAAAAUUUAGCUACCUUUUGUUCUCCUGACGAAUAUUGUGUAAAUACCCCCAUCCCUGACCCCUUUCAGCCUCAGUGCCUUGAACAGCUCCUGCUGUAUCUAGGGCAUUCUAUGGUGGGGGGGGGGUUAAUGACCUCUAUUAAGACAUAAUGGGAACUGGGGUGCUGUUUGAGAGGGGAAGGGCAAGUGGACCCAUUCAUACACUUGCUAAACUGUUGGCUUGUUUAAUGAAGUGUGUUUUUGCCAAGGCCUGAGAAGAGUCAUUAAGGAGAAAAGUUUGAAUUUGCUCGCCGCUUCGCAUGCCAGGCUCAAGAAAGGGAGGUAGAAGACAUGCAGAGCAAAUGAGGCUUCCUCCACCCGGUUCCUUAAAUCAGGUUCAUAACAGGGCUGAGGGAAUUCUUUGUGGAGCGCGCUUAGCUUCCUUUUUCAAAUGUUGUUGUUAGGAUAACUUCAACGGUGCGGGGGCUGAAGGCAGGCAUAUUUGAACCACGCAUUUAGUUCAGGGGUAGCUGAUGACAGCCCAAGCACUUCUUAGUCAGGAUUUCCAUGUGGGCAGGGCCGUCUUAAACGCCCCUGCCGCUGUGGUGCGCCGGAUCUCUCCGGCGCCCUCCCGCCCCGUUUCCCAGCGCGGUGGGCGGGUGGGCGCAGCGGCGGGCGGGCAGGCACAGCGCGAUCUCUCCGGCGUCCUCCCGCCCCGUUUCCCAGCGCG